UUAUUUAAAUUUAGCUUGUGAUUUUUGUAUUGUUCGUAUUUCAUAUAUCUACCUCUUAUUGUAAACUUUUUAUUGGCUAGGUUUCUGUAAAGACUUGAAUGAGAAAAAAAGUUAAAGAACUGGCAGAAGGAAAAAAUUCUUUGAUGCCAAAUUGCAACAAGUUUUAAAUCUUGAAAGGGCAGCGAUGUGUGAAUCUGAGAAAAGAUAUCAGUUCCCGAUGAAAGCAUUUCAGGUGCAGGGCACUGAGAACGUUUCAGUCAGUGGCAUGAAGAAACAUCUGUUCGACAGCUCUGAAGAGAACAACGACUACGUGGCGAACUACAAUUCCGCUCACAAACAACAGAAGAGACAGCUACUGAAACAACAGCAACAACAAAUGAUCGUCCAACAACAACAGUUUAAACAGCAACAGUCCAAACAGCAAACACACCUGGAUAACCCCAACCAACUCACUAACUUGAAAGAAAUUGCCAUAAACGCUCAAAACAAACCUUCUCUACACAAAUCGUCAUCGUCACCAAGAAUAACAGAUGAAAGCAGCAAACUGGCCAAACUUCAGUUUAAAAAACACAAAAAAAAUCGUGUUUAUCCUUCUGAGGUAGACGGCGAUCUCCCAAGCCAACCUCCUCAGAAUGGUCUUUCCAAUUUUGAUCCCAAUCUAGUUAGAAGGCGGUCUGAAGAUAGGGGGGGCAUUGUUAACAGGGUACUCCAACGUUUUAGCAGGAUCGGUAAGGAAGAUGGUGGUGGCGGUAUUUUUUCGUUCAGUCAGUCAUCUUCGUACAAUUUGAAGAAUCGUUCCAAAUCACAGGACAGAAAUUCUAUCAUCACAAACAGUCCAAGCGUCUUCUCUCCGAUCAUCAACAGUUCAUCUGCCGAUUCCACUGUUCCCGUUUUGAAGAAUUUUAAAAGUUUGAAGAAUGAGACCAAGGACGUCCAACUAUCUCUGACCAGGGCAGCCUACUCAAGCACAAAUCUCCACAAACCUGAUAAGAAUAAGAAGAGAUUUUCCGUGCCGAACAUUUUCAGCAGCAAAGGUUUGAGCAUCCCCGCUAACAACAGCACCUCCAAUUUUUAUGUUGAAAGUAAUCACGAUAGAGAUGAUGGUUAUGUGACUCUGCAACCAGCUCAACUAAAUUCAUCAGCACUGCAACAACAACCAAAACAGCAACAACAAACGCUACUACAACAAACGCAACAGUUGGAACUACAACAAAAUCUUCAGCAGUUGCUGCAGCAACCACAACAACUGCAGUUUCAGAAACUACUUGACAAAACAACUGCAGAACAGCGUAAUCUUGAACAAGCUCCACUGAAAGCUGAUGAAAAAUUUGUAGAAAAUCAACAGAAUUCUCCAGAAACACAGCAGAAAACAAAUCAGAACCAGCAACAACCAUUUGAGAACCAGCGAUCCAAAGAAAAACAACUGCAGCAACAACAAAAGCCACAACAACUACAACAAACUCCACCACAGCAACAACCACCAAAGCCACAACAAACGCCACAGCAGCCAAAACCUCAACCACAGCAACAAACAAACAGUCUUAGAAGUUUGAGGCAAAAGGCCACAAUCCUGAAACUCAGUCCGGAUAUUGAGACAAACAGCAGUAAUGUCGCAAUCGUCUCCCCACAAAUUCAAGACCCAAAACCAACGCAAAGCAACAACAACAACGUUAACAACACUUCCAACAAAGACGCCACCAACGACAACAACAUUACUAAACCUAGCACAGCAGACUCAACAGUUACAGCCACAGAUUUUGUUGUUGACGUUGACGAGCUUCAAAGCAGCAGCGUUCAGGGCAGCACGAUUCACGUAACUUCAGGGACGAAGAUAACCAUCAACAACAAUUCUUUCAUAAUCAACAAUGUCAACACGCACAACAUCAGCAACAACAACAGCAACAACAGUAACAACAACAGCAACAACAACAGCAAAGACAUCAAUAACAACAUUGGCGACAACAGCAUAAACAACGCUGAUGUGAAAACAACAACUCAACCAUCCGAAGUAACAAAGAUUUACAUUAGAGCUGACGGGAGCAGUAUUUUGAAUGUUCAACAACAACAACAACAGCUUCAACAACAACAC